CUGGAGAAAAAUGCACCCGAUUCUGUCCGAAGAACAUUCGUUUUCUUUGCAUUUCUAUCAAUUAUUUUAUGAAUUUCACUAUUUUGUUCGAUAUUACGACACUUAGACAAACAACGCAGUUAAUCGCGACCUGUGUAAGGUUGUAAUUAGGAUAAUCAUAAAAAAAAAAGACAUGGCACAAAGGUUUCCUGUACCAAAUACAGGGAAUAACGGCCCUCCACCACAAAGAUAUGCAGCAUCGUCUGUACCUCCUAAUUUACGCCAGUAUUCUGGCCCAAAUUUUCCUAUGCAGCAGAGAUCUGGAUUUACUCCGCCUCCCCAAAUGGCCACUACAGGCCCUGGUCCAGCCAGUAUAAUAAGAGCGAAUCAACCUUAUUCAAAUAUGCGUCAAGGACCGAUGCCUACUCCACCAGUUGGAAAAAGAAGCGCAGAUCAACGUAUUCCCAUGUCGCAACAAAAACCGUAUUUUUGGAACAGUGAUUUUUCACAUUCCACAUCCAAGAAGAAGAAAAAGUUGGCAGACAAAAUACUACCGCAGAAAGUACGUGAUCUAGUGCCUGAAUCUCAGGCUUACAUGGACUUACUCGCGUUUGAGAGAAAAUUGGAUGCGACUAUAAUGCGAAAACGACUGGAUAUACAAGAAGCGCUGAAACGCCCAAUGAAACAAAAAAGGAAACUGCGAAUAUUCAUUUCGAAUACAUUUUAUCCAGCGAAAGAAGCUGGCGAGGGUGAGGAAGGUUCGGUCGCUUCCUGGGAACUUAGAGUUGAGGGACGACUCUUAGACGAUACGAAAAAUGAUCCCAACAAAGUGAAGAGGAAGUUCUCUUCCUUUUUUAAAAGUCUAGUUAUAGAGUUGGAUAAAGAUCUAUAUGGACCUGAUAAUCACUUGGUUGAAUGGCACCGUACAUUGACAACGCAAGAAACUGAUGGUUUCCAAGUGAAAAGACCUGGAGAUAAAAAUGUUCGAUGCACUAUUCUCUUGCUUCUCGACUACCAACCCUUACAGUUUAAACUAGAUCCCAGAUUAGCCCGACUUCUAGGUGUACAUACCCAAACUCGGCCCGUUAUUAUUUCCGCUCUCUGGCAGUACAUAAAGACACACAAGCUUCAAGACAGUCACGAAAGGGAAUUCAUAAACUGUGAUAAAUAUCUUGAGCAAAUAUUCGCCUGCUCGAGGAUGAAAUUUGCAGAGAUACCACAGCGUUUAAAUCCAUUGCUUCAUCCUCCGGAUCCCAUUGUAAUCAAUCACGUUAUUAGCGUCGAAGGUAUCUGUACAGAAACGAAGCAGACCGCAUGUUACGACAUAGAAGUGGAGGUCGACGACACGUUAAAAACGCAGAUGAAUAAUUUCUUACUGUCCACCGCGAGCCAACAGGAGAUCCAAAGUCUCGACAAUAAAAUUCACGAAACAGUAGAGACGAUUAACCAAUUGAAAACAAACCGGGAGUUCUUCUUGAGUUUUGCCAAAGACCCUCAACAGUUCAUCAACAAAUGGAUUAUAUCGCAAACGAGAGACUUGAAAACGAUGAUAGACGUUGUUGGUAACCCGGAAGAGGAACGUAGAGCAGAAUUUUAUUAUCAACCGUGGGCCCAGGAAGCUGUGUGCCGAUAUUUUUACACGAAGGUCCAACAAAAACGCGCGGAAUUGGAGCAGGCGCUUGGAAUCAGAAAUUCAUAAACAUGAACGAAGGGACGUCGCUAUGUAAAGUAUUUAUAUAAAUCUUCUCUCUUGUUCCAAUUGCGAAACCGAUCGAUUAACGUGUCUUACGCUUCAUUCAUGAUGCAAUGUCUCUGCGACAUUGUGAUAUAAACGAUGCUAUACAAGCGACAUAUUUUUACGAAUGAUGAGAAAAGAUGUAUAGUAACCAUAGAGGAAUGUUUUUACGGAUCACAAAUUUAUUCACUACGUAUAUCGAUCUCAUAUAUCUUUAUUCAAGCUGAUGUUUUCAGAAUUCUUUUCUUUUUUCAUGAGAAUAUAUAUCGCAGGCCGCUACGCCUUAUAACCUUGAUGAAAUUCUGUACAAUAUAACGAAUAAACCUUUGAUAUAA